AUGAGUCUGCUCCAUUUUGCGACUAGACAUCUGAUUCUCCAAGUGCUUCAUGAAUUGGGAUUGAAGGCUCGCACAGCCCAUAACACCUUAAAGACUUGUGUAGCAAUGUCUCAUCCAAGUACAAACAUGGCAGAUUUUCGGAAACUCUUUGCCAGGUCAAGGCAUAUAGCCGUUAUUACAGGGGCUGGAGUCAGUGCUGAAAGCAGUGUGCCAACGUUCAGAGGACCUGGUGGUUUCUGGAGAAAAUGGAAAGUUGAGGACCUAGCUACCCCUAAUUCCUUUAUGGAGAAUUCCUCUCGGGUGUGGGAGUUCUACCGUUACCGGCGAGAAUUAAUGCAGAAGAACUAUCCCAACCCAGCCCACACAGCAAUUGCAGAAUGUGAGGCCCAGCUAAGUGCUCAGGGAAGGCAUAUGGUGGUCAUCACUCAGAACAUCGAUGAGUUCCAUCGAAGAGCAGGCACCAAGAACCUCAUGGAAAUUCAUGGCAGCUUAUUUAAAACUCGAUGCCUCAGUUGCAGAAAUGUGGCAGAGAAUUACAAAAGUCCAAUCUGUCCAGCUUUAGAAGGAAAAGGUGCCCCAGACCCUCAUGUUCCAGAUGCUGAAAUCCCCAUUGUAAAGCUUGCUAGAUGUGAAGAAAAAGGUUGCAAUGGGCCCCUUCGACCCCACGUGGCAUGGUUUGGAGAAAAUCUGGACCCUAACAUUCUUGACAGGGUCAACAAAGAGCUUGCUGUUUGUGAUUUAUGUUUACUGGUGGGAACAUCCUCUUUGAUUUGUCCUGCAGCUAUAUUUGCCCUGCAUGUAUCAGCUCAGGGAGUACCAGCGGCUUAA